CAUUGUACAUUUUCCGUGUCAACAAAACUGGCUUAGGUCAGGAUCGAGAAAGUGACAGGUAUUGAUUGUUGAGAAAUAAUUCAAAAUAAACGGAAAUUAGCCUCAUUCAGCAGCGGGAAAACGGCCCAUCAUGGCGCUGGACAUGCCUAGUUAUAUGACAUAUAUGACAUUAUAUGUCAUAUCAGCCAGUAUUGUGACGACGAACACCCGAUCAGCGACGCAUUGGAAGCUGCAGGAGAGUUCGACUGGCGAGUUCCUUGUACGGCCUGUCAGCGAGGAAGACACGGGGAAACUCUCCACUGAGGAUCCGGUGAUGAGUAUACUGGCACAGAAAUAUGGAUUUGGAGAACCCUUACUGAAUACGAAUGAUCAAGAAUGUUUAUCUUGCGGAAAAACAGAAGAUGGAGGAAUUUUAGAGCUUAGCAACCCAUCAGACCCAUUGCAUUGUGGGAAGCAUGCCAAUAAGACAGACUACGACAGUUUAAAUGGUAUAGCAGACCGAUGGAAACAUCCCAGCAUACCAGAGCCAGAAGUAGCCCUCAUAUUUAAGAGAAGCGAUUCGGAUCAGGUCGAUAUGUCGCUGCUGGAAAACUCGCUCAGAGAAACUAUAAAACUUAAUCCCUCAUCUUUAGCCGUCUUAAAUCAAGUAGGUAAUUUCUGGAGGAUCAAAGGCAACACGUAUCUGGCUAUCGAGUGUUUCCGCAAAGCCAUCUCCCUUUCACCGACCAACCCUGACAUCCUGCUCAACCUAGCGAGGGUGCUCUUCAAUCUCCAGUACCACUCCGACGCUCUCUUUCUAACGCAGAAAUCUCUCCAGUUCAAGACGCCCGACCAAAACUCGUGGCUCCAACACUUUACGCUGGGUGAGAUAUUCAAGGUGCUUGGUAACUACGCAGAGGCAGGGGUUCACUUUAGAUAUGCCCUGGAUCUGAACCCCACGUUCCAGCCUGCAGAAGCGCAUCUACGGGAAAUAGAACAGCCUACGCAGACAAACGCCACUAUUUAUACCAUCCUCAUCAUCGGGUUUUUAAUUGUAGCGGUCUGUGUUGCGCUUUACGUUGUCACAGAGGUUUACAUGAAUGAAAAUCCGUUGAGAAGGUCUCCUAAAAUGGCAGUUCCGUGGGACAGGUCAAAGUUCCCUAUGUUGAAGAGCAAGCGAGGAGGGUCGUAUUAGCUCACAGGGAUACGCUUUCGACUCCCUCUAUACAUGGUACUAAUGGAGGAGAGGAAGGCUCUCCAGGUAGAGUUGUUUUUCAUUUUAAUGUGACAAGUUAUCAGCCUAGAAUUGAAAGAAGAAAAGGUAUAACAUUAACAGAUUUGCUGACCUCGAAAAAGACUGUAACAGUUUUCUACAUUUUCAUACAUGAUAAGUGAUUAUUUCUGUUAAACCCAUAUUCUUUCAAACGCAAGAGGAAAAAAGAUGCUAUCCGUUAUCUCCCAUACAUUGUUCCAAAUUGGAAUCAAGUUUUUCACUGUGAAAGCCACAUAGUAGACGGGGUCCAUGAAUAUUGCAUCAUAAUUCGCUAACACCAGAUCAGGUUGAAUUACUAAUUUGUGUGUGCAUAGGCUUCUGAAGCAGUGCCCUGCACCCUAGCUUACGGCUAUAAGGAAUUCUCAUCAUGAUACCAAAUUUCCCUCAACCUCGAUAUAUGGAGGCAAGUUGGAAUAAUAUCUGGUGGGGGCAACAGGUUCGAUACUUGAGAGAACUGUGCACACGCACACAGACACAUUAAUUGGUAAUUCAACCUUAUCUGGUGUCGGUGCAUUAUGAUGUAAUACACAUGGACACUUACUACUAUGUGGCUCAAAAAAUAUGAUAGAAAGAAAUAGAUACAGGGGUAGGCUCCAUUGACUUAGUCAUGACACCAGAUUGAAGAGAACCAUACAUUGUGCAGUUGUUUGUGUUACUCCACAGUAAAGAACAGGGUCAAAGUGUAACAAGUCAUGUCCAGGGACCCGUUUCACAAAGCCUUUUUGUUCAAUGACAAAUGAUAAAAUUCAGCGACAAAUCUGCUGAUAACCAAUCAGAAGCAAGGAAUUCAGUAGCUUAUAACAAAAACUGUCAUUUGUCACUGAUGACAAGUUUUGUGAAAUGGGGCCAUGAUGGCUCCUAAUUUCAGAUUUAUCAAGAAGGGUUUUGCUUAGCAUCUGGGGAACAGACAGCAUUAGGAAUUUUAAAUCCACUAAGAAAUUUGGUUAAAUAAAAUCACUUUAUGUUAGAAGUAGAAGACAUGUUUUGAAAUAUAUUAUUUCCUUACAACAUUGUCCCUCAAACCUUAUCUGAUAGAAUUCAAGGAAUUCGAAUGGGUUAAUCAAAAUUUGUCCCAGGCAUAGUUUUGCCUGUUUAGCUUUACAACACAAAAAUAAUUAAGUAAUAGGAAUAUUCAUGAACUUUCUGAUAACCCUAACUUGGUUGGUAGUAGUUUGCAGACACAAACCCUUGUCAGUUACUGUGCGUAACGGUGUCUGCUCUGUGAGACUAGGCUGACUGCAUACUGCACACUGUGCCAUGUACUGAAGCUGCUCUGGACAUGGCCAGAGAUAGGCUCUGCUCAAGGCUUUAAGAACUGUGGUACAUUGUCAUGUUAGAGUCUCUGCCUGCAUAUUAGGUUGGUGGCCCUGUAAAAAUGAUUCCAGUAGAACUGGAUGACUGUUUGUGUUGGGUUAUGCCUUAAAAUCGAACUACAUACAUAGAAUUGUAAACCCUAAAGCAAUUUGAAUGUUAAUCAUGAAGUGUAAUUGACUGGUAUGCAGAAUAAUCAGACCCAGUAAUAUGGGGGGGGGGGGGGUGUCUAGAGAUCCAUUAGCAUAGCGUACAAAAGGCAGGAUAUUUUUACCAACAUUGCUACCACUGCUAAAUGUAUUUUCAAUUGCGCCAUCCUUCGGUGAGGGCAUACAUUGAGCAAUUCCUGAUUCCUGUACCCAAGCAUAAUCACACGCAUGUCAUCAGUUGGUGAUGCAUUGUGGAACAUGGCUGUCAACACAUUGGGACAUUGUGAGCAGCAGAUGGCAGUAUGUUUAUGAAUCUGAAGUAGUGUCGGUACAAUUCCCUGCCUUUAAGAGAGAUGGUUAUGACACUUGUAAAGACGCGUACACGACACAACUUCCGCUGUCAAGACUAUUUCUCAUCAAUUAGCUGUAUACUUUAGGUUAAAAUUCAUUUUGAAAGAAAAUACAUGACUGACCAACACCCUAGGCAACAUAAAGUGUAAAGAAUGAAUAAUUGCUGCAUUUUUUUUAUAACACAGAUUCCUUCUCUAUGUGAGAUUGAUACAUGUGAUGUGCUGUUACUUAAAUCACCUUUUUUUUUCUCUUUUUCAUCUCUGGUAGCAAAAUUUGGAGUGGGGAGUUGUGGUUUUAGUCUCGGUAGGUUCUAAUAUUGUCUUCUUCACUUAGGGUAUUUUACUGUUCUACAAACUGAAAUAUUUCUUGACUCAUCUGCUAUGUUUGAAGUUAGAAAAACAUGUUGGAUUUUAGAUCAAUGAAUGUAAGGAUUACAGAGAUGAUAAAAUGUCUUUUUUAUUGUGUAAACUCCUUCUCGGGGGGGGGGGGGGGGAGGCAAAUUCCUACUUGUAUUUGAACUUUGAACAAUUCGUCCUAAGAUAUAAAAGGGCUUUUGAUAUAUUGUUUUGUAUUUUCUUCCCAGCAAAACAAAGCAUGUAUGGGCACCGUGAAUAAUAACAGGCAUAAAGAUAAACUCUGUAAGGUUAUUUUUUAAAUGAUAACACUUAAAGGUGUUGGUAGGUGAAAGUAGGAAUUACAAAGAAACACAAUGAUAGUUUGAAGAGAAGAUAUAGAAACCAUUAAAUCAAAUCAAAUCAACUUAAAUCCAAUUAAAGUUGCUCAUACGUGGGUAUAUGGAGGGUAGCACACUGAUGUACGCACUGGAGGCGGGAGCGUAAUUCCCGUUGGCUCAGUUUUAUAUAGUAAUCGCUAAAUUGCCUACUUCACGAAGGACUAUAUACCCAUGCAUGAACAUCUUUUAAGUAUAUGAAGCUGGCUGCGCAUGCCUUGUCGUUACCAUCGUGCAAUUCUAGAACAUUCAUGAAUACACAGGAUAGACCAAAUACAAUCCAAGGUCAGUGAAGCAACUUGUUUGCUAGAUGGUGCGAUGGCCCAACAAAAGGUUUAAUUUUUUUGAAAAACAGUAAAUGGAACACAAGAUGGAGUCAUUUUGCAUGCCAAUGAGGGCUGCUCAAAACGUUGGUUGACUCUUUAGGCCCAUCUUCAUCAGCUCAAGUUUGCCAAAUAACCUGCUAUUUUCAGACUCAGGAUAUUUUCUCAUAGCUGGAAAUUGCAUCUUCACCAGACCAACUGUAUGCUCAUCACAAACUAGCUCGGACGAGCGCAAAUUAGCCCGCUAUUUCUCAAAUAGCGGGAUAUAUUGGAAACGAGACCAACAUUUCUGAUUUCCGCUGAUGAAGAUGCAAAUUAACUGGAUAAUUUGGGAUCGGGAUAAUUAAAAUAGCUGGUUAUUUGGCAAACUCAAGCUGAUGAAAACAGGCCUUUUGUGUCUGGCCUUUUUUGCUCUCUACUGUUGCAGGAUACCUUUUGAAAUUUCAAUUAAUUGAAUUACUAAGUAAUUGGUACAAGGGAUUGAUGCCUUGUGUGCAGCCAGCAUUGUGAAGUAUUACUAUACGCCUCUCCCCUUCUCUCUCAUUCAUUCCAAAAUAACAGUUAUUUUAAACAAGUCAAGUUUUUCCGCUAUCAUGGGGACUACACAUAAAAGCAUGUUGUAUUAAAUGAUAUUCAUUUCAACAGUCCAAACUGUAUUUAGAGAAAUAGUUGACAUGACAGCUACUUUUCUCAAUUAUUUCCAAGUCAUUGUGAAGCACUGUAAUGCUACUUAUUCUGAUUCUGAUUUCUAUUUGCGCAAAAUCUUGGCAAAGUGGAUAUCACUUACCAGUUUUUUAAUAAGUUUUCCUAUAUAUUAUGUCCUUUAAGUGAGACAUUAGCAAGUACUGUACUGGAUAACUUUAAUUUAUGAGUUUCAUUUUCUUAAUCUGUAAAUUUUAUCCUGAUCCUGUGAUGAUAAAGUUUCAUACUUUGCAAGUGUAACAUUUAAAUAUCCAAAGAGGAUAUUAGUAGGGUCAGUGUAUUUCCAACAACUUUUUAUGAUCUUCUUUUUUUCAGGCUGCAAUAAACCAUUUUCAUACUGUGAAAAAUUAA